UGAACAAAUGUGGAAAAGUUAAAAGGCUUUUGAAAGUUUAAUUACGUAUCUUUGAAGUUAAAUUAAAAUAAAUCAGCAGACACCGCACAAUAGUUCAUCAGCGUUAGAACACCAUGAUCCAGCCUCUUAAUUUGAAAAGUUGAAAUAUAUAUAUUUUUCCCCCCUCCAGUGUUGCUUUUAUUUUGAAGAGUCAAACCGGAAGCCGCGUGACAUGCGCAGUCUGUCUAUCUUUCCCUGCUUUGCUCCGACUGCAAAGGACACAAUGCACGUUCCCAGCGCGGAGCGGCCGGCGGCGUGUCGGAGCUGACAGCAGAUGCUGGAGCCUCGCUGCGUCCCAGAUGCGGAGCCCCGGAUCCUGAGCGGACCAUGGGGACGACACAGCCGCCGCCCCCGCCUCCGCCGCCACCGCCGCUGCUGCUGCUGCCGCUGAUCGGACUGCUGUUGUGCCGCUGCGCCCCGCUCUGUGCAGUGUUUUGGUUGGUUGCAGCGGCCUGCACAGAGCAGGUGGAGGUCCACACGGAGCGGAGGGGGGUCCUCUACAGCCCGGCCUGGCCCCUAAAUUACCCCCCUGGCCUCAACUGCAGCUGGCACAUCCAGGGGAGUCCAGGGGAAGUGAUUACCAUCAGCUUCCGUAACUUUGACCUCAUGGAGUCGGGAGGAUGCUCGGCGGACUGGCUGCUGAUGACGCCGACGCGCAGCGGAGAGUCCAGGCUCUGCGGUUCCGUGCUGCCCCCUCCUUUUAUUUCCACCAGGGGGCGCGUUUGGCUCUACUUUCACUCUGGGAGCAACAGCGCGGGCCAGGCGCAGGGCUUCCGUCUCUCCUACAUCAGAGGUCACCUCGGUCAGAGCAGCUGCCAGUCAGACGAGUUCCUGUGCGGGAACGGGAAGUGCCUCCCUCGCUCCUGGAAGUGCAACGGCCAGGACGAAUGCGGCGACGCCACAGAUGAACACGGCUGCUUCCCGCCUCCCACCGAGCCCCUCCCCAGCCUCUGCCCCCCAGGCUCCCUACCGUGCACCGAGGCCCAGACCACCCGCUGCCUGCCCGCGGCGCUCCGCUGCAACGGGGACCGAGACUGCCGCGACGGGAGCGACGAGCUGCGUUGUCCGGACACCACCUGCGGCAAGCGGCUGAGGAACUUCUACGGCUCCUUUGCCUCGCCGGACUUCUUCCACACCGACCGGAGUUCCGUGACCGAGCUGAGGUGCUCCUGGCUGCUGGACACCCAGGACCCCAAGCCCAUCAUGCUGCAGCUGGACCUGCAGCUGGGGCCUGGGGAUUCCCUCCACGUUUACGACGGCCUGCUGCAGCGGGCGGAGCAUCUCUUGCAGGUGCUGUCGCAUCACAACAACCGGCGGCCGGCGCUGCUGGAGUCCAGCCGGGGCCAGAUGAGUGUCCUGUACAUGGCGCAGCCUCACAGCCCCGGGCGAGGCUUUAACGCCACCUAUCAGGUCAAAGGUUACUGUUUCCCCGGAGAGCACCCGUGCGGCAGCGAGCAGGGCUGCUACUCCGACCACCAGCGCUGCGACGGGUACUGGCACUGCCCGUCGGGCCGCGACGAGGAGGCCUGCGCCAUGUGCCCGGACGGGGAGUUUCCGUGCGAGGGAGGCAGCGGCGCGUGCUACGCGGCAUCCGAGCGCUGCAACAACCAGAAGAGGUGUCCGGACGGCUCGGACGAGAAGAACUGCUACGACUGCCAACCCGGAAACUUCCACUGUGGCACCAACCUGUGCAUCUUCGAGACGUGGCGCUGCGACGGCCAGGAGGACUGCCUGGACGGCAGCGACGAGAGGGACUGCCUGGCCGCCGUGCCCCGCAAGGUGAUCACGGCGGCGCUGAUCGGCAGCCUGGUCUGCAGCCUGUUGCUGGUCAUCGCUCUCGGUUGCGCCCUCAAGCUGCACUCACUGAGGAACCGAGAGUACAGAGCGUUUGAGACUCAGAUGACUCGCAUGGAGGCAGAGUUUGUUCAGAGGGAAGCCCCCCCUUCCUACGGCCAGCUGAUAGCCCAGGGUCUCAUCCCCCCGGUGGAGGAUUUCCCAGCCUACAACCCCACCCAGGUGUCGAUGCUCCAGAACCUGCGGCUGGCGAUGCGCAGGCAGAUCAGGCGUCACUCGACCCGCCGCUCCUUCUCUUCUUCCUCCCGCCGGCGCCUCGGCCAGCUGUGGAGCCGGCUGUUCCGCCCCACUGGUCGAGCCAGGGGCCACGCCGCCCUGCUGGACCCUGCCGAACCCGCGCAGGUCACGCUGGGGCUCCACAGCUACAACGCCGUGAGGGAGGAGGGGUCCCUGGCCGCGGCGGGAGCUGCUGCGCGAGACGCGUCUGAAGACAGAGGCUCAUGUUCAGCUGUGGUUGACCUCCAGGCCAGCGCGCCCGAGAGCCCCGCGUCGCCACUGUCCCCGCACUCUGUGAACAGUUCCGACUCUGAGGCACCGUCGCCCGUCGGCGUGGUUCCCCAGUCAGACCCAGCAGCCCCUCAGGCGGCUGCUGCUCCCUACUUCCCCCGCCGGCCAUCAAAGAAACUGGUUCUGGAACUCGCAAUUAACCUGAAGGGCGUUUCCUUGAAACGCUACUCGCCCGUGGGGCCGCUUUCCCCCGUGUCUCCUCCUGUUCUGGAGAGCAGCUCCUCGACGCAGUCGGAGCGACGUCACCCUCAGGGUUCAGCGGUGUCGUCACCCUCUGAGAGCGUGCCUCCGUUAGUGGAAGAAGACGAAUUUGACGGCCAUUUUUCUGUGGACGUGCCAAGUGAGGAAAGGAGUGAGGUGAACAGAGAAGGAGCAAGCUGACUCAGCAGGUUCCACACAGCGAGGAAGGUGAAGACUCAGGGAGGGAAGUGCCAUGAAACACGGAAAGCUCUCGGUGGGGGAAGACCGGAUAUUGCUCCAAUCAAGUGUCCUUCUAAUGUGUCUGAGACCUUUCCUUUUCACUGACAGUUCAUAUUCUGACUGCUAUCCUGAUGUGAAUAAAACCAGCAAUGUGUGUUGUUAAUUUCUUUGUGAAGCUCACUGAGUAUUUGAACAACUCUGAUCAACCUGCUUAGGCCAACACACAAAAAAAAAAAAUCUACUGAGCAAGCCAAAACAGCUUCGUGUUGCUACCCAGAGCCAUUACACACCGCUACUGACUGUGAGCCGUGGAAGCCUAUCGACAAACUUCUUCCCCUCCCUCUCCUACAAGAUAAUAUUUUACGGUAAUUUUUAACAUUUGGUCGCAGUCUGCCACAUUUAGGAAUGAAGGUGGAGAUAUUUAUUGGUUCUGUUUAUUUAUUGAAAAGGUGAACCAUUAUUUUAAUCAUUACUCAAUCAAUGCAAAAAGACAGUUACUACUUACCUGGUUAGUUUUAUUCUCACAUCCUGUCACUGGUUUCUCAUUCUCAUGAUGUUGAUUGUUGUUAGCAUAAUUAUGUUUGGUAUUUAUUUAUUGCUGCUUUGUGAUGCACCAUCUUCAGCUGAAGGCUGGAAUAAACAACCUCAGAAUUUACUUGUAGCUUACAAGAGAACAUUGCAUAACAAGCUGGUUAAUAAGUCAGGAUAUGUGUUUGGUUAUCUAGCCUCAGGUUAGCUACUCGACAGACAUGUACGAUUCUACUGUAGUUUUACGACAGCCUACGAGUGAUGGAUGGAACUCCCUUUAGUUUCAAAGGCAGGAUUUUGUAAACGCUUUUCAUAAUCGGAAAAAAUAAAUAUUUCAGCCGAAUUUGUCUUUCUUGUAAGCAUGAGGAAAGUACAAGAGCCUUUUCAAGCCAGCUCCGUGGCAGUGUGCAAGCAACAGGUGGGGGAAGGGGAGCGCUACACUCUGCUUGACGUAACCAGAAAAAAUUCUGGUCACUCCAGCACUUUCUUAAAUAAAGAACCUUAAACAUUUUAAAAGGUAUGGAAGAUUGUGAAACAGGAACUUUUUCGAAACCUUGGUUUACCUCGAUACCAGCACUAACACCAUGACUAAUCCGAAUCAUGUGAUGUGUAAGAAGUAUGUUAAAAUUUUACUGUUUGACAUAAAGAAAUUAGUUGGUUUUAUAUUUAAAACAAAAAUACUUGUUCUCCUUGAACUGAAGUAGCCAACAUGAAUGCUUCAGCCACAUCACAUUUAUAGUUUAAUGGCUGUUAGCUGGCAGUUAGCUAGCUUAGCAUACAGAUUGGAAACAGAAAAUGCUAGAUUUACAGUGGUUUGUGCUUUUUCUUGUCUCUGUGUUGAAUUGGAUACUUGCGGUUGUAAUAUCUAUCAACAUUUGUCAAUAUCAAUAUUUUUCUUAAAUGUGUGCAGUGUACAUUAGCAAGUUAGCUUAGUGAAAAAUUUGAAAAUUGGAGGAAGGGAUACAUUUUGCUGCUUUCUGUUUUCAUUCUCUGUUAGGUUAAACUAACAGCUUUCUUCAGGUUUUAUAAGUGAGGUUCCUCAAGAUGUUCUUUUACCUCAUGUGCAACUUGGCCUAAGCAGGGAUGCAGUUAGCUUAGGACAUUUAUUAGCAAUUGGUAAAAAAAAAAAAGACUAAGCAGCUGUUUCCUCCUGGUUUUGAACUUUGUACUAAGCUAAUCUUGCUACAAGCCUUAUAUAUUAUAUAUGUAACACUAAUAAGUUUUUUUUAAUGAAACUUAUUUUAACUUAUUUUGUGAAAUAUCAAGAAGCAGGCAACAGAUUCAGCUUGAAAGAUUUCUCCUACGUUUUCUGCUGGCAAAUGUAUUUUCAACACGAUUUUGGAUACAGCUCAAAUUUUUUGCUUAGCAUUUCUUAUUUGCUACGUCAUGAAUUUUUAAAUACCCAAACUGGGGCGAAUACAAAGGUCAAAGAGCCCGGAUGUUGCCUGUAAAUGUGCGCAUCAUAUUACAUGUUCUUUUGCUAUAAUCCAAACUUUCUCUAUGCGAGUAUCCGCAAUGAUUGUGAAGACAUUGGAGACGAACGGUACGGAUCCGACAUAAACUUCUCACUACGCUCUGUUCGUGGAACUGCUCGAGAAAAUGAUGGAAAAAAAAAUUAUAAUAUGGGACAAUAAAGAAAAUAACUUUUUCAGUUUUCGGUUAAGACUUGUGUGACUAUCUUCCCUUUUCUGCUCGUGUCUAUGGGGCGUUUUGUAAACGCCAUUUUUCGCUGGCAAGAGCCGCUUCUACCAAUUACUGCUGGACUAC